UAUUCUGUUACAUUGUAGCAAAAUGGCGACUGUCAUUCACAACCCCCUGAAAGCGCUUGGGGACCAGUUCUACAAGGAAGCCAUUGAGCACUGCCGCAGCUAUAACUCGCGGCUCUGCGCAGAGCGCAGUGUGCGCCUCCCCUUUCUGGACUCGCAGACCGGGGUGGCCCAGAACAACUGCUACAUCUGGAUGGAGAAGAGGCACCGCGGCCCAGGCCUCGCCCCGGGCCAGCUAUACACAUACCCUGCCCGCUGCUGGCGUAAGAAGAGACGAUUGCACCCGCCUGAGGAUCCUAAACUUCGGCUGCUGGAAAUAAAACCUGAAGUGGAGCUGCCCCUGAAGAAGGAUGGCUUCACCUCAGAAAGCACCACCUUGGAAGCCUUGCUCCGGGGUGAGGGUGUGGAGAAGAAGGUGGAUGCCAGAGAGGAGGAAAGCAUGCAGGAGAUACAGAGGGUUUUGGAAAAUGAUGAAAAUGUAGAAGAAGGAAACGAAGAAGAAGAUUUAGAAGAAGAUAUCCCCAAGCGCAAGAACAGGACCCGAGGACGGGCCCGUGGCUCGGCAGGUGGCAGGAGGAGGCACGACGCUGCCUCCCAGGAAGACCACGACAAACCUUACGUCUGUGACAUCUGCGGCAAGCGCUACAAGAACCGGCCAGGACUUAGCUACCACUACGCUCACACUCACCUGGCCAGUGAGGAGGGAGAUGAGGCUCAAGACCAGGAGACCCGGUCCCCGCCCAACCACAGAAAUGAGAACCACAGACCCCAGAAAGGACCGGAUGGGACAGUCAUUCCCAACAACUACUGUGACUUCUGCUUGGGGGGCUCUAAUAUGAACAAGAAGAGUGGGCGGCCUGAAGAGCUGGUAUCCUGUGCAGACUGUGGACGAUCUGCUCAUUUGGGAGGAGAAGGCAGGAAGGAGGAGGCAGCGGCCGCAGCACGCACCACGGAGGACUUAUUCGGUUCCACGUCAGAAAGUGACACGUCAACUUUCCACGGCUUUGAUGAGGACGAUUUGGAAGAGCCUCGCUCCUGCCGAGGACGCCGCAGUGGCCGGGGUUCGCCCACAGCAGAUAAAAAGGGCAGUUGCUAAACCCACGGAACAGACUCUCUGGGCGACUGGCCGUCACCCUCUGACUUUGGUCAUUAUUCUGGGUCUGAUAUAUAUUUUUUUUAAAUGAAAGUCAACUUUAGGUUUUCCCUUCAUCCUUGCUUUUUCCUCUCUCCUUCCACAAGCAUCCUCUCCCCCGCCCCCCGUUUUGGGUAUGUACAACAGAAGCACAAACUCCUGAAACAAAGCAGAACAAAAGAGCAGAAUGACAGUCCUUCAGAGAGAUGGCAUUGGGACGUACUGUUAAUUUUCCGUAGAAAUGGGAAGUUAGGUGGAUUGUCUCUCUUUGGGGAUGGGUGGUGGGGAUCUUUUUGACUUGAGCAGAGUCGAUUUCCUCAGUUUUCCUAUUUAUUGGCAAAAUGAAGAGAGGAGGAACAUUGGGUUUGAAAACAACAAAUAACAUUAAAAACGAUUAUUUAUGUAUUCUAGCUAUUAUUAGAAAUGGACCUUUUUUUUUGAGAGAGAGAGAGAGAGAGAAAGCAAAUCAAAGCAAUUGAAGUGAUAUCCUGCUUGGGAGAGAGCCGCUGGGGGAGGGAUUGAUUCAAGGACACCUAGUCGGGAGGAUUUCCUCGCUGGGAGAUGAUGGUGCUUUCUGUACCCCACGGAGUCUGUGGCUCCCUACGGCAGACCCCUUCCCCAUUUCUGCUCCCUAACCUUUCCAUCUUCCUCCCUGCUUGUGAGAAAAUGUCAGCAGCUCCUGGGAAGUCUGGGCCUCCGCGUGUGGCCUCCCUCCAGUGCCUGGGCCCUGACUCCAGCACCUCCCGGGCUCCUCCCCUCCACCAGCAUAGCUGCUGUGGUGUAGUCGCUGGGCUUCUCCUCACUUUCCUCCUGGCGAAGAGCAAUUUCCAAAUGCAGGAAUGGAAUAUAAACAGAAAGUCAUGGACUCAGCAGUGACAAAGCAAGCCGAGGCCGUGCUCAUGGAAGGAAGAAUGAUACCUCACAGUAUAUGUCCCUCUCCCCUGGCCCCUGUUGACAAACAUAAAUUCCCGUUGGAUGAUCAAGUCUCCCGUGUUUCUUCCUCUAUUUUUUUUUUUAUAGUGCCCUCCAGGCACCUUGUUUUAUGUUUCCAAUAGCACCUCCUGAAAUAAACCAAAGCAACACUUGCUCAAGGUCCCUGGGCGAUGGAGAAGACCAUCCACCUUGUUGGCAGUCCCAAGAAUGAACAGCUGUGCAGUCCUAGUCAAAAGUCAACUCUAUGACCUGGGGACUCCGGCAUCCUCCAAGCAAGCCAUUUCCGAAGAGAGUGACAAGAAGCCACGUUGAUUUGUGCCUCCUUCUUCUCCUCCUUCCUCUUCCCUUGCCUGGCCCCCUCCUGUGCGUGUGUUUCAGCCAACACAGGAGCCUGGAUUGUGGAAACGCCUCCAGCGCGACUCAGCUCAGCUCAGAGAAGUCUCGGGAAUGGCCUAAGUUUGUGCAAUAAGAAGAUUUUUUUUUUUCCUUUUUAAAAAUUCUUCAUUACAUUUUCUUUAAGUGUCUGUGAGAAAGUACCCAGGUCAGACUGGAAUUGCUCUACAAUAGAAAUAACUAAACACGAACAAACUGACGGAAAAAAAAGAGUUAACUAUUUUAUUUAUUUCAAUAUUUAAAAGAAAAACGUGCUGACGUGGCACAGUAUUUUUGUUUAAAGUACCUUCUACUUCGAAAGUUAAAAGCAAUUUUGUGAAGACACGAAAUCAAAAGAGUACUUAAUGUAAAAUAAAGACUGCAUAUUAACUCUAAGGAAAAAUACCCCACAUUUUUAAUAAGAAAAUAAAGAUCAACUCUGCUCUCUCAGGCUUUUAAAAAAGCCAUUCAUGUAUGUGCUUUAGAUAUUUUUAUUUCUGCGAGUUGGAUGUGGUAAGUGAGGAGUGAUUGGUUUUUUUUUUUCCUUCUUCAAAAUUCUAUUGAAAGUGUUGGUGAUGUUAUGUGGUUAUGUGUUAAGACGUGACCGAAAUAAAUUAGCCACAAAGGCUACCAGCAGUCUCUCCGCCCCUGCCCCCUGCCAAAAAAACUCCUUUACCCACCCCCCUCCCCAUAGGCAAUCCCCAUUUAUCUGGAUGUCAAUAAGCAGCUCGCCUUCUGGUCGUCAUGUCUGAUGAGGCCUAGUUCAGAAAGGAAUUCCAUCUAGUGAUUAACCAUAUCUCUGCGAGGGCAACAUUUUCAAAUACAGACAGCUUUGUUUAAAAUAAUGCAGUGAAGAAAGAGCAAAAAAAAAAAAAAAGAUGACAAAAUAUGCAUCAGCUGAGAUGAUGUUCAUUUGGUCACCUAACAACUUCCAGAGGAGACUUGCAGAGGGAGCCUUCUGCUGAGCUGGCUUUAGGGGCCCUAAAGUUCUAGAGGGUCUCCAAGGACGAGGAAGGCCAACCUGAGUGACAGAAGCCUCAAAUUCAGUUGCUCGUGAGGGUGAAGGAGAAAGGAUCAUUUUCUAACAUGUUCCCUUGUGGCCAUGUGGGUGGCAGUGAACGUGAUGGCCUAAGAAAUGUUAAUUCAGCUCUGUGUCUGUGGCCUAGGGACGGAGCUGGGCCGACCGGCCAGGCUACUCCGUUCUAUUCCACAUCUUCUGCAUGUCCAUGCUCUUGACCUUCCCUCACUUGCAAGCAGAAUCAUCAUCAUGAACAUACAGCCUAACGCCGGAUAUUCCCGUCAGUGAGUCCUUGAGUGUCCGUGUUACUGAAAUGGGUCUGAGCUUGAGAAUCUCUCUUGCCUUUGAAAGGGGAGAUUGGAUGGCACAGACUUCCUGCUAGCCCCUUCAGCUUUCUCAUUCAAGGCCAGUCCCGGGAGGAGCUCACCAAGGGUGUCUUUGUAUCCUGUAGCCCUUUUCGGUGACAUUUUCUGAUAGAAAAGGUCCCUUUUCAAAAUGCUAAUAAUUAUAAUAAUAACCCACUCUCCAACCAACUCCCGCAAGUUAUAAUGUGUAGAAUUGUGAUAAAGCUUUGCAUAAUGUAGGGUUUGUAUCAAAUUUGUGUAAGUUUCUGUUAAAUAAAAGCCUGUUUCCAAUGCUCCUA